GAAUAAUUCUUGCCAUUCAAUUUCGGCAAGGAUAAACAACACAAAGCGGAAGUGAAUGCCUUUCACAUCCUGGACGAAGAUGCCGGCUUGUAAAUAAACAUGUGUGGAUGACUUUGAAGCUUUUACCCCUCAAGACGGCUCAUACUUCGUAAAGGAUGGCUCUUCCACAUGUGCGACUGUGCAUUAGACGUAGCAUCGUGUCAGGAUUUGAUGGCCGCGGCUACGCGACGCUCAGCGCAGCCUCAAAUAGGCAGGAGAAAGACAGCAGCAGCAGCGUUCCAGUCUUUCAGUACGUGGGCCAGCACAAGAAGCCCAGCCACAAAGUGUUCGUGUGGGGCUUCAGCUUCACCGGAGCGCUCGGCAUUCCCAGUUUCGUCGUGCCGGACAGCGGCCGGAAGAAGCCUCGCAAAUACCAGCUCACGCCUUACAGACUAGAGACGGCAGAGCAGAUCUCUUCAGCGGCCUGUGGUUACGGCUUCACACUCAUCGCCUCCUCCACUAAAGAUGUCACCAAGUUAUGGGGCAUGGGCCUGAACAAGGACUCGCAGCUGGGAUUUCAACGCACGCAGCACAGUCGAAACGUGAGCUACGACUACGUGUUGGAACCAUCACCGGUGGCGCUCCCCCUUGCCGAGCCCCAGCGGACCCGAGUGGCUCAAGUGUCAUGUGGCCGAGCUCACUCUCUGGUCCUCACUGAUCAGGAGGGAGUGUUCAGCAUGGGCAACAAUUCCUACGGGCAAUGUGGACGGCGCAUAGUGGAGGACGAAGCCUACAGUGGCAGUCACAUGCUUCACAAGAUAGAGGGCAUUGGCAGCAGCAAGGUGGUGCAGGUGGCGUGUGGACAGGACCACAGCCUCUUCCUGACCGAGGCGGGACAAGUGUACGCUUGUGGGUGGGGGGCGGAUGGACAGACAGGUGUGGGACACCACAAGGUGUGCUCCGCACCCACCCAGGUGGCGGGGGACCUGGCGGGGGUGGCGGUGCAGCAGAUCAGCACCUACGGAGACUGCAGCCUGGCCGUGUCGGAGGAUGGACAGCUGUACGGUUGGGGCAACUCGGAGUAUCGUCAGCUGGCCUCCGUCACCGAAGCGACACAGAUCAACAUUCCUCGUCACGUCCCCCUGAGAGGCUGUGGGAAGGUGGUGCAGGCGGCAUGCGGCGGCACACAGGUGGCCGUCCUCAAUGAGAGAGGCGAGGUGUUCGUUUGGGGAUACGGCAUUCUGGGAAAAGGCCCCAAGCUUUCAGAGUCCUCCGCUCCCGAGAUGAUUCCGCCCACGCUGUUCGGGCGCUCCGACUUCAACCCCUCCGUCGUCGUCACCAAGGUCCGAUGUGGCCUGACUCACUUUGCGGCCGUGACGGAUCGCGGCGAGCUCUUCGUCUGGGGGAAAAACAUCCGAGGUUGUUUGGGAAUCGGCAAAAGAGACGACCAGUUUUUUCCCUGGCGGGUGACUGUCCCAGGCCGAGUGGUGGACGUAGCGUGCGGCGUUGACCACAUGGUGGCCCUGGUCAAGUCCCUCCUGUGACGUCUGGGCCGAAAGGUUUGUGACUAGAAGUGUCCCGCUUCAGGAAGACGCUGAGACGUCUCCCAGCCGGCCAGCUGCUCUCUGCGGGGGCAUCACCCACCACUUUAUUUGUGGAUUAUGUAAGCGAGGGGAAGAUGAUCCCAGAUGAGGGAAAAAACAUGAGCGCCCUGCAGAGACGUUUCGAGAGCAGGAACGGCCGCUCGGCAGGGGGAGAAAGUAUUCACCAAGAGCCUCUGAAAGUGUUUACUCAGCUCUAAUCCAAAUGACAGGUGAUACACCUGCACUUACUCCCUGCUGAUGUGCAGACAGCUCCAAUAUCAACACACACAUCAGCCAAAUCAUGCAUUGUCAGCACUGUACUGUACUGUACUGUACUGUAAAGACACAUUACAGUACAGUAGAAAGUAAACAUCCACUGUACAGUCAUGAAUAUGAACUGGAUUACGGCAAUAAAGUCAUACAGCGUUUUAACCACA